GGUUACGCUUAAUUGUCAUUACGUUUAAAUCAGCUGUUUGUGUUUUAUUGCGUGUUUGUUGAACUGCACGAAUAACGGUUAAUACAGUGAAAUUAUUUAUAUCAUUAACACAAACAAAUUUAUGUUUACUGAAAGGUCUUUGCAUAAAUGUAUCGCACUAAGACAGUUACGUACCAAGCAUGCGUGUUGAUAAAUUAAUUAAAAAAAUACUGAACUAAAGAAAACUGAUUCAGCACUCGGAUGUAUUACAGGAACUUCAAGAAACAUGCAUGAUAAUAUAAAGAACAAAGCAAUAAACGGAUGGCUGAUGUAAGUUAUGCACUAUUAUAAAUGAAUUAGUGCAUUGAACUAUCAAACUCAUUCUGAACAAUAAUGGAACGCAGUGGGGGCUAUGGCACCUCAUUGGCCCAAAGCUUCAGCUUGCCAAGCCUUGGGGGCAGUGAACCAAUCAGCGAGGCAGAUGAGUUUGUCGAGAUGCGAUCCUUGCGGGAAAGCGGCGACAAAGCUCUUCAGUUGCAGGACUUUAAAGCCGCCAUAAAGUAUUACAAUGAGGCUCUGGAGAUUAACGAACAUAAUCCAGAGGUGUUGCUGGCUCGAGCUGCAGCCUGCAUUGAGAUGCAUGAUUACAUCAGUGCCCAGAGGGACACAGAGUUCCUUAUUGGACAAGAUCCUGAGAAUCACGAGGCACACAGACUUCAUGGGGUCACUUUGCAGUACCUGCACCAAUACAAAGAGGCCUUGACCUCAUUCCUCACUGCCCUUGACCUUGACCCAGAUAACUCAGACCACCUUACAGACCUUAUUGCUGAUGUUGCUGGACAGUUUUGUAAUAUCUCAGAACAAAUGAGAGACUCUCUCAGAGAGAUGGACUCAUACAAGAAAUUGAGUGAAGUGGGAGUUUGCCUUUUCCAAGCUAAGAAGUACAAGAUCUGCAUAAAGAUUCUCGAGGCAGCACAGAGGUAUCAGACCAAUCAGAAAGGGAUCACCAUGAGGGUGCUCCUGACAUUGGCAAACGCACACUCAGCGUUGAAACACAUGGACAAGGCCAUCUCGCUGUAUCAGGAGUGUCUGCAGACUGCGAUAGCCACCCACGAUCAGAUCUACCAGACAAAGGCUCUUGUGAAUAUAGCCACCUUGUAUCUGGAGAACCAGGACACCCACCAGGCAAUAAUUUAUUAUGAGAAGCUCUUACAACUGGAGGCUGAAUUGGUGCAGGAAACAGGAAGUGAGGAUAUUCUUCCAGACUUCUGGACUAAAGAGCUUCAAUGCGGCCUUCAUUUGAAUCUCAGUAUUGCUUACAAGGCUAUCGGAGACAUGUAUUCGGCGAUCAAGCACGCGCACAAAUAUGUUCACUUCAUUGAAAAGUAUGGCUUCGAGGGGAAAAUAAAGGCAGAGUCGUAUCACAAUACCGGCAUGCUGAAUGAAGUACUAGGAAAAUAUAAUGAUGCAAUUAACAAUUAUAACAAGUAUCUGAAUGAAUGUAAAGGGAACGGUGACAAGAAAGGCAUGGCGCAGGCUUAUGGGUGUCUGGGGAGUGUUUAUGCUGCGUUGAGAAACUGGAAGUUGUCAGUUACCUAUCAUGAGCAGUAUGUCGCCAUGGCGGCAAGAUUCGAGGAUAGAAGAAUGAAAAUUAUAGCCAAUGAGAUGCUAGCGGAUACGCUGAUGCUUAAAGGAGAUUAUGAUCAAGCGUUGAUAGCCUACGAGGAAAUGAUAAACUGCUGUGUCCGGACAGAUUACCGCACCCGAGCGACGGCCAUGUGUAAACUAGGCCACGUGUAUAGGGCGCUUAAGAAGCAUCAGUACAGCUUGUACUUCUAUGAACAGGCGGCAGAGCUAGCGGAAGAUUUCGAAUACCCGGAAAUCGAGACUUUAAGUCACUAUAACAUUGCUUGUAUCCAACAGCAGUCCACUCAGAUGCUCGAACUCGAGAAAGCCUUGAAGUAUUUCCAGAAUCUCAUCCCGUACUAUGAGUCCAAGAUUCGCCAGCAUACUGCUGAGAGCAGUCACUGCCCCACUGAAUACUACAUGCAGCUUCAGGAAUGCUACGAUGGGAUCCAAACCGUACAUGCAAAGCUAGGUAACAAGGAGGAGGCCCUGCAGUUUGCUGAGGCCUACAGGAAGCGAUCACUGACUCAGACACACAAUUACCAGGCCUCGGCCCUCACCUCUCAGAGCCACACUGCACCCUGGGAUAUGUGGACCGUCGAGAGGAUGGGGCGAGUAGUCAGUCAGCAGAACAGCACCGUGCUGUACUACUCGUUGUUGACAGACCAGCUGCUGUUGUGGGUGUUGCAGCCGGGGGCAGGGCUGGUGAGGUUUUACGCCCGCAGGGCCAAGGGAGAGCACCAGAACAUGAUUGAGACAAUCGAUGCAAUGUUGGAGGAGAUACGCCAAGGUUGUGAUAGAAAAACACUUCCUAACGUGUGUGAAAACAGGGCUGUACCCUUGAAAAAGGGUGACCUUGAACUGGCGAGAAAGAGAAAUCUGCAACUAGGACGUCAAGCUCUGAACAAAAGCAAAGAAGAAUCAGUGGAACCCCUGACAGAAAAAAGCAGUGAGAACGGAGAAGAAUCCGAGGAACAAAAAUCCGUCCAGAGACGAAUGUACGAUUUACUUGUGUCACCCAUUGAGGACAUUUUAUUGAAACUUCCCAAGGACAGUCACUUGAUGAUUGUACCUGACAAAUCCCUGCAUUUCUGCCCCUUUAACCUGCUGCAAGAUUUCCUGGACAGGUACCUUUACACCAGAUUCUCCAUCACCUACCUGCCCAGCCUGCUGUUGCUUGACAAAGUGGUGGCUAAUGAGUUGAACCACCUGAGAAUGCAAGACGACCUGGAGUUUGAACGGCAGCUGAACAAAAAGGGCGGAAUCCUGAACUCGGUGAAUAAAUUCACUUCAAGCAGUGGAAUGUCAUCCCCGAGUUCGGAGUCGCUGUUGAUGGGUAUAAAUCCUCGCAGGGUUGCGAACCCGAGAUUGUUGACGAGGCCCCCACAAAGUCGCAUGGCUCCAAUGGCUCCCCCUACACCUGGCGUUCUGCCAAAGCAAGCUACAAUGUAUGAGGAGGACUUCCAUAAGCAUUCCCAGUGGAGAUCACCUAGAACUCUUCGAGGGUCGUAUCGAAGUACACUGAACACUCCCCAGUCAUCGGCUAUCAGCGGACCUGCCAACCUCGACCGGGCAUUCAGUUUCAGCACGUUCACCACGCUGACCUCUGUGACCUCUACUGGUACGGACAUCACGACCUCCAGUCAGACCGUGACCCAGUUUAAGCAGGUCAGCUGCCAGGAUCGCUGUCUCGUCUUUGGGAAUCCGAAACUGCCUGAGAGUUUGAUGCUUCAUGGAAAACCAUGGCGACCAGGCCUUGAGGACUUAAAGGCGGCAAAAAGGGAGGCAACUAGCGUUGCAGAGUUACUUGAUGUUGGGCCCGUGCUUUGUGAGAUGGCUACCAAACAGAAGUUCCUGCAGGACAUAGAACAGGCUGCUGUUGUACAUAUUGCGACAUAUGGAUGUUGGCAGGAAGGCCUGAUGGUCAUGUCUCCAUCGCGGGUAGACGGAGGGGAGGGGACUCCACCCCAGGAGUCGUACGUGAUCACUGUCAAUGAUGUGCUGGGUCUCAAACUCACGGCCCAGUUAGUGGUUCUCAGCCUCGGUCAUAGUCCGUACCGGGCAGACAAUCUGCAGGCCGGGUACCUGCUGCCCAGUGCGUUUAUUGCAGCAGGUGCGCAGUGUGUGAUGACUACCAUGUGGCCCCUACCUGACGUCUGUGUUGAGAAGUUCUUCCAUGCCUUCUACCUGGCCUUGCAGCACGGCAGCCUGGCGACUGCUGCAUUUGUGGCUGGAAUGACUGCCUUGAAGAGGGAUGAAAGAUUUGGUUCCCCUUAUUUCUGGAGUGGUUUCCUGCUCAUCGGAAAGGAUGUGUACAUUAAUGUGAAGGAGAUAAGACAUGCCAUGCUGGACCAGACACUAGACACUGCUGAAAGCGAAGUGGAGCAAACGUCAGGACACGAGUACCUCAACCCUAAACCAGUGCUAGCCCCACUGAAAAAGAAGCCAGAAAAUCUCCGACUCCUUCAGACCCAUCUGGGAACGUUGCUUAGGAACAACGCUGGGCAUCCUAAAUGUCUUCCAGAACUGAUUGACCUGUUGGACAGUUCCUUGAAGCGUCUCCACACGGAGGAGAACAACAGGCAGACGAGCCGUCUCCAUGAUGACCUGUUGUCGGGGCCAGGGGCCGUCGACCUCCUUAAGUUUCUUGGAUUUCACUUCCAGGCAAGGGGGACCACUCUAGACAACCCUUACGUGAUUUAUCCGCACUGGAACAAGGACGAGUUGCUCAUUCCGACGUACGAUGCGUUGAGAUCGUUAGUUGAAAUAGGGAAGAACCCUGAGCUGGUUCUGGCAGUGUGCAGUGUGUUGCCAAUCAGUCAAGACAGCAUCUCGCUCAUCAUUGACCUGCUCAGUGUUACGAAGCAUGCCCCUGAAAUCCAGCUGAAGGUUUCUGACCUGUCUGUGCGACCUCUGUGGACAAAUCUGUCCCUGAAAAACCUUCUGCUAGCCGUGGGAUUUCACCAGAUUGGCAUGCUGUUGAACUUCAAUAGGACUCCAGAAAACAGGCAGCUGAUGAUGGCCCUGUUCCAGUUGCUAUUAUCUGUGAGCCAGUCCAAGAGUCAGGUGCUCCUGUAUCGAUUGGACGUGAAUCUGCUGGGGACAAACUCAGAUUUAAAGUCGACAUCUGACUUCCCAGAGUUAACAAAGCUUCCGUCACUUGCUCCUUUGAUUUUGCCUCGGAACCAGUUGCACAUGAGCACACCUUGGCUGAGCAAGUCUGAAUCUCUGAUAGAAAUGGAAGAAAAAGUGAAACUGGCAAGAACACGGUCCGACCUGGAUGAGAAUUUCAAGGAAUCCUUGGAACGCGCCAAAACGUGGCACCAGAUCACCAUUACCGCUCAGGCGAAUGAGUCAUUGAACGCUUACGGACGUCCGCAGACGUCGCCUCCGAAGGUGAAGGUGUUACCAGGAUCAACGGCAUCCACCGAACGUAUCCCCGUUGACCUAAAAGUUACCUUGAAGAAUCCGGAAGUGGACCAGCGGCGCGACUACGCGCACUAUAUAUACAAGGAACGAGUACAGAACAUCGAAAAACGGCAUAAAAACGAAGUGAUGAAGCUCUACCUGCCGUACGUCAACAGCGUUUAGUCUUAGAAAGACAUCAGCUUAGCCUGUGAUUUUGCAUGGAAUAUUGCUGAUUAUUUUUGACUGUUUUUUUUUGGAGAUUUUGAUAAUCAUAUGUGUGUUAGAAUGUGAUGUUAACUAUUUACUGUUUAAUUCUAUUAUAUAUUGUUGAAUUUGCACAAAUACUUACAUGACUUUGUUUAUGUAUUUUUUCGAUUUGAGUGUUUUUAAUACAGAUCGGAUACUUAAGAAAA